AUGGCCGAAGCGAAGCCUGAUCCGCCCGCCCCCGCAAGCGAGGCCGCCCGCGCACUGUGCCGGACGAUCAGCAAGUGCCGGAGUCUCCAGAGACGUCGAAAGCAGCUUCGCGUAGCACAGCAAGCGUAUCGCAAGCGAAAGGAAACCACGAUCUCUACUCUGCAAUCUCGCGUACAAGAGCUGGAAUCGGGUAUCGAAGAGCUCAGUCAAUCGUUCCUAUCAUUCAGUAAUCUCCUCUUCGAGGCGGAUAUUCUCGAGAAACACCCUCGGGUCACAUCCGCGUUCCAGCAAAUCACACAGCAAUACGUUUCGCUCGCCAAACGGGGCUGCGACGAGCCCGAACAAGCUGCUCCGGCUGCUGCGACGCCUGCGACGCCUGCGACGCCCAAUACGCUCCUCAAGCCCAGCGCUACACCAGACCUGAAUUGGAACUAUAGUCCUCUCCUCACCCAACUCGAUACGUUGCCGAUGGUCGACGGCACGACCCCAUUCUCGAUGGCCCUCUUGGAUGAAUGGCCAUUCUCGCAACAAUUCCCCCCACGCCACCCUAUCAAGACCAGGCAGCUCUACCCUUUGGAGUCGUCCCUUCCAACAACCGUAUCUCCCAACAGUCUCAUGAAGCAAGGGCGCGGGACACUCUCGCAUCGUCUGGUCCGCGAAUGUUACGAACGUGGAUACCGCUUGUUGAUCAACUCGGCCGGGGACGAACCAAGUGUCCAGGAAAUAUUCGGAAAGCCAUUGAAUUUUGCUGAGCGCAACCGCUUGAUCUCCCUUUUCUAUGCGGCCUUGCAUGACGAAGUCGGAGAUUUGAUUGAGCUCAGAACAAAAGUCCUCAGCUUUAUCCAAUCGAUGAGAAAUAAGUACUCGCACGAACAACUCGCAAAGUCAUCCCGAACGUGGCAAAUAGUCCUCGAAUCCGACGCAGAGGAAUGGUUGGACGCGAGUGGGGUGCAAAGGCUUCUACAAGAAAGAGGGAUUCGCAUUCAGGAUCUUACAUCGCCGCUUGCCAGUCCCCGAUUCCACUCCUCACCGCAACUGAAUGUGGCGAGCUUUAUUCAACUCCUCUCUCACGGCCCUAUCUGUGUUGGCCGUGGGCCAGCAUUCCGGAGGCGUGAUGUUGAGAGCGCGAUCCGCCUUGCGACCUCGGACAACCCUUGGUCCUUUGAUGUCGCAUGUGAAAUACCGUAA